AUGCACCCGGUCUCGGAAAGAACCGCUGGUAAGGUUAAUGCAGCACAGAUCGCCCAUUGGGCGGAGGAGAACGGUGCCGUCUCUGUGCGGGAGGUUGCAGAACACGCCAACCUCUUCGUUGAAGAGCUCGGCCUCGACUGGUCCAUCGCAGACAGGAUGCAAGGGCUGCGGUAA